UUUCGAUCGCCGACCAUUUUGCUCAAUGCUUCAGGGCUCAACACCGUCUCUUCAUGUCCAUAGGAAAUAGGAUUGGGAUCUCACGUAGAGCAGCAAAUAGACGAGAAUCAUCUGACUUCCUUUGGUGGAGACCCGCUCCGUCGCCAACCGGGAACCAUUCUUAAUCACCCCACAAUUUGACUUUCCGUCCGUGACGCAUCUCGAAUCUGUCAGACCUUUCAGCCAUCACGAAUAAAGGUGGAGUUCUUCGCAUAAAUAUGGUCCACACGCCUAAUCCCCCUGUUCAAGGCCGCCUUAUCAGCCAUUUUGCUGAAAGGCCGGCGGAAGACCAAGGCUCAGGCUGGUCCGCCCUCUGGGACUCCAAUGAAAGCGAUCUCUGGGAUAGAGGGAGUCCCUCAAUUGCACUAGUCGAUGUAGUAGAGCAGCAGAAAGAUGUCUUUUCCCCCUUCACCCCCGAUAAACGGAGAAAGAGAGCCCUCGUUCCGGGCUGCGGAAGGGGCUACGACACCGUCAUGCUAGCACUACAUGGCUUUGACGUCUACGGCCUCGAUAUAUCCGCAACUGGAGUUUCAGAGGCGAGGAAGUAUGCCACUUCGGAGAUGCAGAGUCCACAAGGGUAUAAUUUCUCCUCUGGAACUACGACUACUGCCAAUAUAGGGAAUGUAGAAUUUAUUGCCGGCGACUUUUUCAGCUCAGCGUGGGAGAGUGAAGCUCUGCGUGAUGGUGAGAAGUUUGACUUGGUCUAUGAUUAUACUUUUCUAUGCGCUCUCCACCCCUCCGUCCGUCAGAAAUGGGCCGAGCGUAUGAGCGACCUUCUCCAUCCGGGAGGUCUUCUUGUCUGUCUUGAGUUUCCCAUGUACAAAGACCCUUCCUUGCCAGGACCACCGUGGGGACUGAAGGGCGUUCACUGGGACCUGCUCGCACGCGGCGGCGAUGGGAUCUGCAAUAUUGCUGAAGAGGAAGAAGACGACGAAGAAGCUGCUAAGUUGAAGGGACAGUUCCGGCGAGCGCAGUACUUUAGGCCUACGCGGUCGUAUCCCAGCGGCGAAGGGACGGAUUUGUUGAGUAUUUAUGUGAGAAAGUGUUGGCGUCGUGCCUGACGAGCGCUUCAUUCUUAAUGAUUAUCCUGCUCGCUCGGCUGCAGGGAAGGUUGCACAUCGCCCUACAAUUACCUCCAAUUGUGUCAACGAAUAUGCGUCUCUGAUCACCUACCCCGUGAACAAUUCGACUGCUGGUCCGGACCCGGCUGCCGUAUUGGAGGGUGAUUUGACCGACUGAAUUUGCCCCACGGCU